AUGACUAAAUCUCCACUAGGUAAUGAUUUUGAGGGUACUUAUGAAGAGCAUAUCGAAUAUAUUGGUAUGCGCCAUAUUGAGAAUAGUGAAACUCCAACUGAGUGGAAAAACAGGAUCUGGAAUCGCCUAAUGUAUUUUCGAAAUAAAAAAUAUUAUACAUAUGGUGAGGAAGAUUGCUUUUAUGCUCAUAAAGCAUUGCCACAUCUUGUUGAUGGACAAACAUACUCACCGAAAUGUGAAAGAUAUGUUUAUAAUUGUAUGGAAGGCAAGUUUAAAACUGAGAAAUUCCGAUAUAUUUCUUUUAAUGGAGCACAUUGGGGUAUGUACCAACAUUGGGCUACUGCUUGUACCGGAAACAAGUUUUGCAAACUAAAUUUCGAAGAAUAUAUGGAAAUAAAAAAGUUGAUCCUAUUGGAUCAGUGGAUGAGUUUCCAUCAAAUAAUUCAAUUUGGUAAAUUCAGACGCAGAAACCCAUAUACUGUUUUAACUUGUAUUAAAGAUAAAUUUGGCAUUCACGCUGAUAAUAAACUAUACAGUUAUGCUUUAUGGUUAGAAAAUGUUAGCAGAAGGAUUAGGCAUAUCAGACAGAAACGUGCCCUUUUGAAUAUUUGA